CACUCUCACUCUCAGACCAGCGACCUCGUGUUGUGUUAUCUCGCGACAGUAGAUGAUAUACCUACUAAUGGUCUGGAGCUGUGUGCGCACUGCACUGCUGCUAUCAUAAAUUAUUAUUAUGGCCCACUCGAUGCUCACUCUGUGAUAACCUAAGUCCUUCUCCCCGUGAUCUUAUUUUGGGGGGCGCAUCUGGCGUUAGCCUGUAGGCCUAGUUUAGGAGCUGUACUCCGUGCGGGCCUGUCACAAGUCUUCUAGAGCUCAAGGGGUGAAAACCGAGACGCCAGAUACGUUUGCCUGCCUGCCCAAGAAGAAAGAAUGCGAAUAAUAUUAUAGGAAAAUCGGAGGCAUCAAGUGUUUCGCCGGUAUGCAGCAGCGGGAGCUCGAGACUGACGUGCUGCUGGCUUCAGCCAUAUCGGGUCCAGAGCAUCUCUAACGUGAUCUGGUCUCUCCUGCUGCUCUACCCUAGCGCGUGGGAGCCGAUCAUCGACAGCUUCUCUGUAGCACAACCCGUGACUGUGCUCUGUAGUGCUGCGCUCAACCGGGAUCCAGGCGGGGAUUGCUCGGCGGUCGAUAGAUCUACUAUCCAGAUCAUACUGCUAAAAGCUCAUCUUCAGCGGAACAGGUUUCAGCAUCACCAGCAGCCACAGCCGCACCAGCAGCAAUAUCACCAGCAGCCACAGCAUCACCAGCAGCAAUAUCACCAGCAGCCACAGCAGCAGCAGCCCCAGCAGUAGCAGCAGGAACAGCAGCAGCACCAGCAGUAGCAGCAGGAACAGCACCAGCACCAGCAGCCUAGACAUAGCAGCCAUAGCAGUAGCAGAAGAAACAGCAGCCACAGCAGCAGUAGCAGGAAUAGCAGCAGUGAUAUCACCAGCAGCUACAGCAAUAGCAGUAGCAGCAACAGUAGCAGCAACAGCAAAAGCAACCGCAGUAGCAGCCACAUCAGUAGCAGGAGAAAGUAACAGAAGGAACAGCAUCAGCUGAACCAGUGGUGGCAAUAGCAGCAGUGGUGGCAAUAGCAACAGUGGUGGCAAGGCUGUGUUCACAGUGAUGGCAACUCCUACAGUACAUCAACGCCAACACACAGUCCACAGGUAUUGCAAGUGGUGGAUCUUACUUCCCGUUAUAUCUACAGCAUGCAUGUUACUGAUCUUCAAUGCACCGCAGACAGUUUCCCGGACAAUGUGGAUUAUGAUGUUUGGCAAAACAAUAGCUCCUCCUGUAUAUUCAAACCCGAUAGAUAUCCAUCACGGAACUUUCCUGUAUCUGGUCAUGGAGGAGAGUGCUGUUCCGAAUGUGUAUGUUCAGACAAGUCUCAUCAAGGACGUUCACGUGAUCUUCCUAGCUUGGAAAACUGCGCCGCCAAAGUCCAACGUUGGAAAGGUGCAGACGGACUUCUUUCCAAAAUCGUCUUGGGCCAGUGGUCGUAAUCGUCUCUCUGAUCUAGCACUGCAACGGGAAGAGCAACAGGGCUGGAGCUUUGAGUUCUGGAUAUUCUGCGACGGCGAUGCGCGCCUGAUCAAGCGCCAUAACCGGACGGUGUUUCCACUCGGUCCGACUCACAUGGAGGCCAGUGAACGCCUGCGUACUUUGCUGCUACGCGAUCGCCCUGCCCGCGCCGGCUUGGCGUACCCGUCGUUCCCACUCGAGAUUGCCAAGCACCCGAUGGAGUGCGUGCGCAACUGUGCCAACGAUGCUGCCAUCGACAUCUUUCAUCGCACGGCGCUCAACCCGGUUCUGCCGUAUCCCACCGCGUUCGACUCCGUCAGCUGGUGGAUGGCAUCGGAGACCACCAGCUACCGCAGCGCAGCGGCUUUCAGCGACUACUGCAACACGUACCGAGAGGUCGUGCUGGAUCGCCGUGGCAACAUGCACGCCGAGUAUCCAGGUCAGGACGGCAUCGGCAGAGUGGCCAACUACAGAACGCUAGCCACUAGCGCGUUCCGCCGGUGCGUUUCCGACCUGCGCAACGUGGAGCACGUGUGGCAGCGGGUCCAGCGGCACGGAAUCUAUCGCGCCCAGGCCGAGGACAAUCUGGUCUGUACCGCACAGCACAGAGAUGUUAAUUACAGUGCGCUCAUAGCUGACCCAGAGAUGCAGAUAUUUCAAACUUGCUAGCUUGAUGUGUACUAGAAAUAAUGUACCUUUAUUUGGGAAAACUGAGAAUUUGUGAUAAAAAAAAGUAAAUUAUCGUGUCCGUUCCCGAAGGGAACUCACGACGGCCGCUAACACCCGGUAAACCCUGAAAAUUGUGAUACAGAAUGCCAAAAUCAAUCGGGAUAAAACAAUCACCGAAUAGUCGAAUACAUUUUUAUAUUGCACGAAUAAAGUUUCCAUGUCGA